CAAAAAGGGCAUGGAUGAGAUGGCUACAGAUUCAUACAUGCCAACCCUAGAAGGCUCCUUGCUAAAUAAUCCUGUAGAUAGGUCAUCACUGUCAAAGCAAGAGGCUAGAGACUUGACAAUGUGA